AUGCUAAGAACUUCAUUGAGAAAGGGGAUAUAUAUCAACAGCAGGCUCGCCUUUGCAGCAGGAUUACAAGUACAAAGGCCAUUCUCAAGUUUUAGGGUUCUUCUUCAGGAUGAUUCCACUAAGAACACACAAACAAAUGACCUAAAAUCUGCUAACGGACAUACACAUACACAUCAGCAUCAACACUCCAAUGACAGUGUUUCAUACUCCGGUCAUUCACAUAGUGACCAGGCAGAACCAGGAGAUCGUCCCUUAAAAAUGGACAAACCGAUGCUCAUGUUUGCCUUCACAUGUAAGAAAUGUGAUACAAGAUCUUCACAUGUUGUGUCUAAACAGGCUUACCAGCAUGGAACUGUUCUUGUUCAAUGUCCUGGAUGUAAGGUGAGACAUUUGAUGGCCGACCAUCUUAAAAUUUUUUCCGACCAUCGUAUCACCCUUGAAGACAUUAUGAAGGCACAAGGUGAAAGUAUUACCACAGGAACCGAAGACCUUAUGUUCGAGGACAUUCCAGAGUCUCUAAAGAAUCUUCUUGGUCAUCAUGCCAAGGAUGCUCCACCUGAAUACAAAAAGACACCCGAUAAUGAUGAGCCUCAAAAACUUUCCCAUCCAAAGAAGUAA